AUGGCGCUAAUCGGAAACGUUAGCGAAUUCGACCCAGAACUUGAGUCAUGGACGGAAUACAGUGAAAGAUUGGAACAUUAUUUCGUAGCUAACAAAAUAGUAGAGCCAGACGUGAAGAGAUCUGUGUUAAUUGCCAUAAUAGGUCCUAAGGCGUACAAACUUUUGCGAAAUUUGUGCAAACCAAAAGAACCAGGCAAGUUAUCGUUCACUGAGUUGUGCGAGAUGUUAACCAAGCAUCACGACCCGAAACCGUCAGAAACUGUUGCACGACUGAAAUUUCACAAACGCAACCGACGAAAUGGUGAAAGUAUAGCUGAUUAUGUGGCUUCCUUGAAAUCGUUAACAGAACACUGUAAUUUUAACUCUCUGUCUGAAGAACCACAGGAUCAGAUGCUACGUGAUCAAUUAAUAGUUGGUAUUAAUGAUGAGCGCAUACAAUCUAAACUGCUGUCCAUUGAGCCAAAAACAGGAGAAAUUGUGUCAUUCAAAAGAGUUUAUGAAUUGGCAAUAGCUGCAGAAUGCGCAAAGAAAGAUGUAUCCGAUAUGAAGGACUCCCCUACCAUACAUAAAACCUAUACAACGAUAGCAAAACCAUGUUGGAGGUGUGAUGGUAAUCACCAACCAUACAACUGUACCUAUAAGGACAAGACUUGCUACAAUUGUCAACAGAAAGGACAUAUUUCGCGUAAGUGCAGGAAUGAAAAGCGUCCAAAUCAAGAAGCAGACACUACAAAAACAUUUCGUGGGAGAGGUCGUGGACGAAGCUAUACUGGCAGCAGAAAACAAGUCAAGUCAACAACUAAAGGUGGUAGUACUCACCAAGUUGAAAACAUUGACAAUGAGGUUUUGGAGGGAAAUGAUUUUGAUGAAGAUGACUAUUAUAGUUUUAAUGAGAUCAAUUAUUGUGAAGGAAAUCUCAAUAGAGCUAAUCUGGGUAGAGUUGAUCCUUUUAUGUGUAAAAUGAAUAUUGAAGGUCAAUCAGUUGAUUUAGAAAUUGAUACAGGUGCAAGCUUUACUUUGUUAAAUGCACAGGAAUUUAAAAAAUUAUGUAGAUUUAACCCAGAAUUAAGGCAGGGGUUGCAGAAAGUUGAUGUAAUUUUGAAGACUUACACUGGUGAAACACUGGAUGUCAAUGGUGUCGUUAAGGUGGAGGUUGAUUAUAAUGGUCAACACUUCACAUUACCGGUGAUUGUUGUAUCAGGUACAGGGCAGAAUUUGCUAGGUAGAAAUUGGCUUGAAAUUAUUCAGUUAGACUGGAAAAAAUUGGUACACCAAGUCAAGGUAGAGUCUAGUGAUCAUGAUAGUUACUUGCAUAGGGUAAAACAGAAGUAUAAUGAUGUUUUUACACCAGGUUUGGGUAGUUAUAAUGGAGAUAGUGCCAAGAUUUAUGUAAAGAGUGAUGUGAAACCAAAAUUUUUUAAGGCACGUCCCUUAGCUUUUGCGCUGAGAGAAGCCACUGAUUCAGAGUUAGACAGGCUUGUAGAGAAUGGUACUCUCACACCAGUACAGAAUUCUGAGUGGGCAACACCUAUUGUGGUAGUGUCAAAACCAUCUGGGGGUGUUCGCAUUUGUGGGGAUUAUAAAGUUACUAUUAAUCCUGUAGCUGAAUCUGACACAUUCCCAUUACCCAAGAUUGAUAGCUUACUUGCAAAUUUGGCUGGUGGUAAAACCUUUACAAAAUUGGAUUUGAGUAAUGCAUAUCAGCAAAUGCUGCUGGAAGAUGACUCCAAGAAAUAUUGUGUCAUCAACACUCAUCGUGGUUUGUUCAUGUAUAAUAGAGUUCCUUAUGGAGUGAAAAUGGCUCCCGGAAUUUUUCAACGACAUAUGUAUAAUUUGUUAAGAGAUAUACCACAUGUUACUGUAUAUAUAGAUGAUAUACUCAUUACAGGUGUCUCUGAUCAAGAGCACAAAGAAAACCUUGAGAAAGUUUUGAAAAGAUUGCAUGAUAAGGGUCUUAAGAUUAAGUUUGAUAAAUGUUAUUUUUUUAAACCAAGUGUAACCUAUUUGGGUCAUGAGAUAGACUCAACGGGUCUCCAUCCUUCUAAGGAUAAGGUUAGGGCUUUUGUGGAUGCACCAAGACCAACUGACGUCCACACAUUGAAGUCUUUCUUAGGUGGAAUCAAUUUUUAUGGGAAAUUCCUCAAGAAUUUGUCCUCAGUGUUGGCGCCCUUAUAUAAAUUACUACGUAAGGGUGUGUCAUGGCAUUGGUCGCAGCCACAAGAGCAAUCAUUUAAAAACGCUAAGAAAUUACUGAUUUCAAGUGGUGUUCUUGUACACUAUGACCCAUAUAAACAUAUUGUAUUGUCAUGUGAUGCUUCGGCUUAUGGCAUUGGUGCGGUUUUAGCACAUAGAAAUGAUGAUGGUUCUGAGCAUCCUAUUGCUUUUGCCUCUAGAACCUUGAAUGAUGCUGAGAAAAACUAUGCACAGAUUGAUAGAGAGAGUUUAGCUAUCAUGUUUGGAGUUAAACAUUUUCAUAAUUAUGUUUUUGGAUUACAUUUUACAUUGGUCACUGACCAUAAGCCUUUAGUUUCAUUGUUUCAUGAACACAAAGCCUUGCCUAGUAUGGCCAGUGCUAGAGUGCAGUGUUGGGCAAUAGCUCUUGCAGCGUACGAUUAUAAUUUGGAAUUCCGUAGAGGCCUAGAUAAUGGUAAUGCUGAUGCAUUGAGUAGGUUACCAUUGCCUAAUAAACCAAAAUCUGUACCAGUACCUACAGAUACAAUUUUAUUGCUAGAGCACUUGUCAGGCCAACCCAUUAGCGCUGAUCAUAUUAGAAAAUGGACAGCUAGUGAUCCACUUCAUUCCAGAGUGCUGUCAUUUGUUAAAAGGGGUUGGUCAAAUGAAUUUAAAUCACAAGAGUUGAAACCAUUUUAUGUACGUAGACAUGAGCUCAGUGUACAGGAAGGUUGCAUAUUGUGGGGUAAUAGAGUGAUUAUUCCACCUGCUGGACAGCAGGGAAUUUUAACAGAAUUGCAUGAGGCACAUCCAGGCAUCUCUGUAAUGAAAGCUAUAGCUAGAUCAUACGUUUGGUGGCCUCACAUGGAUCGUGAUAUUGAGAAAGCAGUUGAGAAUUGUGAAAUUUGUCAAAUUCAUAGAAGUAAACCUAGUAAGGCUCCAUUACAUUCCUGGCCUUAUCCAGAAAAACCUUGGGAAAGGGUGCACAUCGACUAUGCAGGACCAUUUUUAGGCAAAAUGUUUUUGAUUGUAAUUGAUGCAUACUCAAAAUGGUUGGAAGUGAAAGUCAUGAAUAAUUCUACAUCUACAGCAACUAUUGCUGAAUUGAAAGAGAUAUUUUGCACUCACGGCCUACCAGAUAUAUUAGUUAGCGAUAAUGGUAGCCAAUUCACAAGUGAUGAAUUCCAAAAAUUCAUGCUGUAUAAUGGUAUUAAGCAUGUGACCUGUGCACCAUUUCAUCCAAGUUCUAACGGUUUAGCCGAACGAGCAGUUCAGACUUUCAAAAAUGGAGUGAAAAAAAUGAAACAGGGAGACAUUAAAACUAGAGUAUUAAGAUUUUUAUUUAGAUAUCGUAGUUCUCCACAUUGUGUAACUGGUGCUACACCAGCUAAGUUGUCUAUGAAUAGGGAACUGCGCACCCAUUUGUCACUUGUUCACCCUGAUUUUAGAUCAAAGGUAAUAUCAAAACAGGCAACACAGAAAUUGCAUCAUGACAAACAUGUAAAAUCACGAGUUUUUGAUAUUCAUGAUAAUGUGCUAGUACUAAACUAUAGUGGUAGAGGGAAUAGAUGGUUGCCAGGUGUUAUUGUCGAAAUUACUGGUCCUGUAUCAUACAAAAUUCAAUUGGGCGAUGAUAGAAUUGUUAGAAGACAUGUAGACCAGAUUAGAAUUAGGAAAUUUGAUAGUACUGUUAGUGAGACUAGGGUAAAUGAGGAGUUACCAGAGAUUCCAAUUGUUAGUAAACAAGUUACUCCUUCAUUAAGUAUUCCAGUUUCUAACGAGGACUUAAAUCCCAGUGUUGUUCUUGAUACAAGUCCUAGUAACAUUACUGAUUGUAAUCCUUGCCCAGAUCACUCAAUUAUUCAGACUCCUCCAGAUACCACUCCUAAAGAUACAGUUAAACCAAAGAUUUCUAGCCCAGGUGUUAUUACUACUAGGUCUGGACGCAUUGUCCACAAACCAGAUAAGUUGAACUUGUAA